AUGACCGAUACCCAACUCACUGAUCAAUUUCUGUAUCAGAUCUCGCUGAAGAACGACCCGGCCGUAAACGUCAGCUCCUGCAAGCGUGUACCGUACGUAAUCGAUCUUAAUCAGGGUUCGUACGCCAAUGGUAUUAUCACUAUCGAUUCCACAGCUCAGCUAAAUGGCGCUGAGGAAUUUGCUUGCCUUCGUGAUGCGUAUGUAGUCAUUCCGUACAAGGUUAGUAUGAUGAAUACCCAUACAAGUACUGCUCUUGCAGCUGUUGCUAAAUGUCUAUCGGUCGGCCUGAAAUGUGGUGUUUGGAAUGUUAUCGAUGGCAUGUCUCUUCAACUCAAUGGUAAAUCUGCUAUAAGUAUGAGUGAGUUUAAGCACUUUGCUAAUAACCUCUGA